AUGGAACCAUUAAAAAUAUAUUUGAGAAUUAAAAGGGAAAAUAGAGUAUUCUUUUUCGAGUGCUCAUUACUUGAUCCUGUAGAGAUUCUGAAAAGAAAAUUGUUACCUUAUUACAAAUAAGAAAUUUAGGAUAUGAGAAUAUAUUUUGGAGAUAGAGUAAGAGAGUCGAUAGAACUUAAUUUAGUUAUUAGAUGAUAAAGCCAAUCUGCAAGAUUAAGCAGUUCCAAAUGAUAGUUGUUUAAUUUUGAAAUUAAGAAAAGGAAUGUCUGGCGAAUGGGAUGAAUGA